UAUUAAGUUCUAACUUAUGGUAUUAAUGAUUCACUAGAUUAGCAACAAUGCAUACCACUUUUGGAAAGCUUGGAGAAAAAGGGACUCUGCCUUCUGAAGUAGUGUCAGAUAUUUCAAUUAGUUGUGAACAUCACUUUUUUUUUAUAAAGGUCAAAGUUAUCUGUAACUCUUAGAUUCAGAAUGAAUGAGGAGAAACAAACAUUUUACUAACUAAUAAUACAAUUUAGAGACAUAACAUCUCGAUCAGGCCAAAGGAAAGAUGACACGUUGAUAUGACUAAAGAAAUAAACCAUUGGCAUUCAUUAAUAUACCCUUGUACUCAAUUUAACCCUGUAAAACCCAUGUGCAUCAUUUUAAAUGCAUUUUCACCAAAGUCAAACUCACAUAUUUCGUGUCCUUGGAAACUUGAGAUGCACACUAGAAUUUAAAAUAAGGUUGUGUAGAUCUGAACACUGUUUGGCUGCACAGCAUGAGUUUGUGACAACUGGCCCAACAGUGGCUUGUUAAGGGUUUAAACCCAUAUAUGACACAAAUUUGCUAUCCACAGUGUAGCAAGUCCAUUUAGGCCUGAAAAAGACCGCAAUAGACACCCUGACUUUGUAAGCACCUAUAUGCUUUAUUAUUUUUGAGGACAUUUUUCUUUUGUUGUGAGUUGUCUAUGUGAAAAACUCUACAGGCUCAGGGAAAGCCAAACAGAUAUAGGCUUAAGCAGAUUCAAAUAUGAUGAAAGGCCUGAAAACAGAUAUAAUUAAGCCUAAAAACCUUGUUAAGACUGCCAAAUAACCCUGAAGAACGAUAAUAUGAAGUACAAUCAAAUGUUUGUCUUUGUCACAUGUCUAAUACUUUUUUUUUUUUUACAAUUUGUAGUUUUCCACUUCCAAAGAAAAGUUCAGGGCCACAAACUUACGCCCCAACCUUACUUGUUUGAUUGGCAGCACCUGCUGUGGUGAGGUGUUAGAUCAGUUGUAAUCAGGACCAGACCUUGAGUGCUCAGGCUUUAUCAGGCCUGAGUAGUGGAGAGUUCAGCAAUUGAAGCAAGCAGCUGAGGUACUCUGCCCAUGUGCAGUGCUUUUUGUUUGUCCCAAUGGCGUAUAGAGAGAGCAGAGGCAGUAAGAUUUUACUAUGUUUAACACUUUUAGUUGGUGCCAGUUCAUUUUGCCAUUGUGCUCGACUUACAAACCUUAAGGCGUUGGAUAAAUUAAGAGGAAACUCGACACUUCACGAAAGUCAAUCUAAAGGGAUCGAUGUGCGCCAUGGAAGACUGUUAAUGGGGCAAAAUUCUCUGCAAGAUGAUAAACUAAGAGGAACCAAUGCCACAGAGGACUUCCUGGAUGUUGAUACAGAUUAUCAAGAGGACAUGGGUUGGGGUGAGGCCAUGCAACUUAAAGGCCGGGGAGAUGGCUUUUCAAGGCCAAAUUUAAAGCCAGAGAGUGCAGCGGUAGAUCGUCUCCUUAAAAUGGAUCCAAGGGUUGAAUGUACGGGAGACUCCAUGAAGCUUCGAGUCCAGUAUGGUGAUUCUACCCCUGGAUCACUGUUCUUUGUGGACAGGGGAAGUGACCUGUCUCCUCUGCCGCUGUCCAAGUUGCCACCAAACUGUGGUUACACAAUCGGGUCUACACCGAGCGAUUUGGUCUUGGAUGCACCUUAUGAUGGUUGCUUUGUUGCUCUUGAGGAGGAUUGCUACGUUCUUCCUUUGCGUUGUUUGGGGUUACCAGUGAAGAUGUCAUGCCCUUUGAUAAGGCAGUCUUCACCUAACCCUCCGAUGGUCGCCUGCUAUGCUCAGGGCAUGGUUGUGAAAACGGGAUGGACUGUAUCCGUUGAUAAAAUUAACAUAAAUUUGAUUGGUAACUGGGAGCCACUGAUGAAGGCUUCACCCAGAUGUGGGUUCAGUGUAGUUGAACAUCCCGAGGGUGUGGUCAUCUCUGUUCGCUAUGCACCCUGCCUGGAGAAAAAGGAGGGAAUGUACACCCUUGAAUUGGCUGGAGAAGGAGAGACUAAAAUGUCCUGUCCAUCACUGUCACCAGCUCAAACUGAACACACAAGGCCCAUCGACGGUCCAAAACUGCAAACUGAAACCCCUGGGAAUUUGUCACCUACCACACUUGCUCCAAAGAACCAAGAGCCACUGCAGCCUGAUGCCCCUAAGGGCCAAUUCCAGCAUCCCUUCUACCCCUUCUAUCAUCUGCCAAAGCCUGAAAACCCAACUGCUGCUCCAAGGCCUCCACAGCCUGAAGCCCCCAAGGGCCAAGUCCAGCAUCCCUUCUACCCCUUCUACCCUCUGCCAAAGCCUGAAAACCCAACUGCUGCUCCAAGGCCUCCACAGCCUGAAGCCCCCAAGGGCCAAGUCCAGUAUCCUUUCUACCCCUUCUACCCUCUGCCAAAGCCUGAAAACCCAAUUGCUGCUCCAAGGCCUCCACAGCCUGAUGCCCCUAAGGGCCAAGUCCAGCAUCCCUUCUACCCUCUGCCAGUGCCUGAAACCCCAACUGCUGCUCCAGGGCCUCCACAGCCUGAAUCUCCUAAGGGCCAAGUCCAGUAUCCUUUCUACCCCUUCUACCUUAUGCCAAAGCCUGAAAACCCAUCUGCUGCUCCAAGGCCUCCACAGCCUGAAGCCCCUAAGGGCCAAGUCCAGUAUCCUUUCUACCCCUUCUACCCUCUGCCAAAGCCUGAAAACCCAACUGCUGCUCCAAGGCCUCCACAGCCUGAUGCCCCUAAGGGCCAAGUCCAGCACCCCUUCUACCCUCUGCCAGUGCCUGAAAACCCAACUGCUGCUCCAAGGCCUCCACAGCCUGAAGCCCCUAAGGGCCAAGUCCAGCAUCCUUUCUACCCCUUCUACCCUCUGCCAAAGCCUGAAAACCCAACUGCUGCUCCAAGGCCUCCACAGCCUGAUGCCCCUAACGGCCAAGUUCAGCAGCCCUUCAACCCCACCCCGUUCUACACUUCACCAAAGCCUGGUGGCGUAGUCCCACAAGACCCUACACCUGUUAACUGCCCUCAGUUUUGCCCAUCUGGAUUUGAUUAUUGCUGUCCACAAGUUUCAUUUCAUCACCAUUUCCAUCAAAUUAUUCCUUUUGGACUUGGCAGUCAAGAUGCAACUUCACUCUAUCCAGGACCACCAUACCUCCCUUCAGGUGCAUAUGCUGGUGUUGGCAAUAGCUUGGGUUCUGCUCCCCUACCUCAAAAACCAACUGAAGCAAUGACGAUGCAAGCUUCCAUAACUUCCACCUCUACAGUCCUUUCAUCUCCGUCCCUUCAAUCUGGAAAUGCAAAGAGGCCACAUCUUUCGCCACCAGAUGGCAACCUUGCUCCACUACCAGAUAAUCCAAGCAAGCCUACACAUCCUCAAUGGCCAAUUUACCCUUAUGAGGUUCCAUAUUCUCUACCUCCUAAUUGGCCAUAUCUACAACAAAACGAGGAGCUGCAGAAUUUACCACAACUCCUAUCACCAGCUUCCUACAAUGUGCUCUCUAAACCACAGGCUCCAGAUAGUAAACCAGAAAAUCCAGUGCUGAAAUAUGAGUCGUAUAAUGUCCAGCCCCCAAUGCAGCAAAAUGUCCAACUAUUAGGUUGGGACAUGAAUAAUCCAUCUGGGUCUUACUUUGCCCAAUAUCAACAGCAGCGUAUAGGAAAUAUGCUUCAAGAUGCUGAAGCACAAACUGAUGACAAGCCGACGGACACCAGCAUGUCUCAACUACAGCUAUUAUUGAGUGACUCAAAGAAGUCCACCAAUCAUGGACCGACUAUGCACUCCGAUUCUGAACCAAAGAGUUAUGUACUGCUACAGCAUGGCCCGCCAGGUAGGGAGCCUAACGGUUACAGUGACUCACCGCUGCCUUUUAGUGACCUGGUUCAUGAUGCAAACUUAUUUGCACAAAAUCUUGCAAGGCAACAUGAUCAUAAACCUCAAAGUUUUAAGACCCUGCAGGAAAAACCCAAAUUGCUGGUUAAAGGAAUGUCCAAUCCCUUACCCAUCAACUACAUGCCAAGGCCUGGUGAUAUAAUAGCUUAAUCAUUGGUUAUCGCUUUGAUGACUCAUUUCGGGCCUUUGCCCCAGGACCCUUAAUUCCUUGCAUCAUUCAAAGAUUCCUGGAGGCCCAUGAUGCCUCUAAUUUCAACCAAAUGAUUCAAUUUCAUGUUCCAGGAAAUGCAUUUUAACAAAAGGACUCUGUAGCUGACCACCAAGCUAAUGGUAUGUUAAAUUGAUGGUUUAAAAAAAAAAAUGUUGUAAGCGAGUGUCCGGGACUAAUGUGUCUCUUGCAGGACUGAACCAACCUUUUCAGUGAGCAAGUGGAACUGGGAAGCAGAAAUGUGUCAUCUUCAAAGUGAAUAAACGAUUGAA